AGUCAAGAUCUGUGGAACCAGUGUUCACACGCGUUUCUCAGCAGGCUGGACGCCUGUGGAGCGCGAACCUGUCGUCGCGAUUUGAAGCGACAGUGAGGUGGAAGAUGUCUACAAGUUCGGUUCAGUCUUCAGCGGGAACUUUUCUGUCGUGGACGUAAACAUUCCUCUGGUAUACGACGCCUUUUGCCAUGGCAUGUUCCCUGCGCGGUGCUCUCUGGACUGCGACUCAUGGGAUGUAGAACAUGGAGCGCUGGGUUCAACUUUGGACACCUGAAGGUGCAGUCCAAGUCGGUCUUCUUCACUAUGAUUGUUCUUUUCACUUAUCUCAUAUACUGUCUGAAUGGAUUUUGUGAUUCACUCCCACGCCCGGUGUUUGACCGACAAACUCAUCCUAAAAUCAAGAUUCUGUCAAAGAAUGACGGAAAGGACGCGUCUCCAAAUGACGCGUCCGCGGUGUCGUUGGUGCGCGACCAGCUGUCGGACUCGAAAGAGAACCACGUGCAAUCGAAUAAUAUAUCUAUAGCAAACAACUACGGGAGUAAAAAGUUUCCGCAAGCCAUCAUCAUCGGGGUGAAGAAAGGUGGAACCAGAGCGCUGCUGGAGUUCCUGCGCAUCCACCCGGACGUGAGAGCCGUGGGAGCGGAACCGCACUUCUUCGACCGCUUCUACGAUAAGGGACUGGAAUGGUACAGGAGCCUGAUGCCACGCACCCUGGAAGGUCAGAUCACGAUGGAGAAGACUCCCAGUUACUUCAUCACCAGAGAAGCCCCUCGGCGUGUCUACUCCAUGAGUCGCAACACCAAACUGAUCGUAGUUGUGCGAGACCCCGUGACCCGGGCUGUGUCCGACUACACCCAGACUGUGUCCAAAUCUCCAGGUCUGCCUUCUUUCGAGAACCUGGCCUUCCGCAAUGCUACCACGGGCCUGAUAGACACUUCCUGGAGUGCCGUUCGCAUCGGCAUCUACGCCAAACACCUUGAGAAUUGGCUGCGCUUCUUUCCACUUUCACGAUUUCUGUUUGUCAGUGGUGAACGCCUGGUGUCUGACCCGGCUGGUGAGAUGGGACGAGUGCAGGACUUCUUGGGACUUAAACGUGUUGUGACAGACAAGCACUUCUACUUCAACCAGACCAAAGGUUUCCCCUGCCUGAAGAAGCCGGAGGGCAGCAGCAGGCCUCGCUGCCUCGGGAAGUCAAAGGGAAGGACUCAUCCUCAGAUCCCCUCGGAGGUUCUGCUCAGACUCAGAGACUUCUAUAGACCUUUCAACCUGAAGUUUUACCAAAUGACUGGGCUCGAUUUUGGCUGGGACUGAACAGCUUCAUCCUUAUGGACGUUGUCAGCACAUUUCUGAUCCUGCUAAUUACCCAAACCAGACACGAGUUACCAAAGUCUCAUUCAUCAUUUCUUGAACUUCUUACAUCAGGAUCGGCCCACACACACAUUAUUGCUGUCAUCAUCAUCAUCAUCAUCAUCAUCAUCAUCAUCAUCAUCAUCAUCACUCUGAAACGUUUUCUUUUUCAUGAUUUGCCACCUCAAAUACUUCUUGUUUGUUUGGGUAUCUGUUGAGUUUACACCACAGUUUUGUGUGUUAAGAUGGCAAAGGUCAUAUAUCUAUACACCAGCUAACUUCCCGAGUUGCUGCUGGUACCGUGUGUCGACUAAAGUAUCUCAGCAGUGGGCUCAUCCACAUGCACUCUUCUGCAGUCAAAACUGAGGGAAGCUGUGGUGGAAUCAGGAUUUAUGUCACAAUGAAACUCAUCAGCCUCAUAUUUGAACCCUCUCAGAGGAAAGUAAGCUCCAACAGGAUGUUAAUUCCAGUUCUGUUUUCAUUGUGAACCAAAUCCUUUCAGCCUUUGGUUCUCUAGCGGUUUCCCAACAGGUCCGCAUGUAUCUUGCAGGUUUGUAGAAGACAUUCAACUAUGUACCUCAGAGAAACUGACGGUUUAUUGAGUACUUGUGGUGAUGCCAUUACGCCAUGAAGUCUACCCAUUACAUUUAGCAGCCGGGAUUUUGUGCCUUCAGACCUGCGAACAAUGUUCUAUUUGAAAUGAACUUUUCAUGGGUGAUCUAACAACUGGUGAUCAGAAACAGUAGAUGAUUUCCCUGGGUUAAAAGUUAAUGCUCAAGCAGGUUGCUGCAGGGACAGAUGAGUCUGAGCCACUUGCUUUGGUUUCUGUCUCCUGUGAAUACCAUUGUCGGAGGAUGGUGGAAGACAUUUAGAACAUUUUGUCAUUCUUUUAGCUUAAUCACUCACAAUUUAAUCUGCAUCAGCUGUUUGCUUUCCUCCUCAUUACCAUACAUUUCUUCACCCAAUCAUAGUGCAUACCAAAUACUUGUGCCGUGUCCUUUAUUUAUAGAUAAGCCGUCAGGUGCUAGAGGAAUCCUGAGACACUCAAACUAGCCUGCGUUCAUUUGAGUGUCUGCCAUGACCCCUAAAGGACGUUAUUCAACUUAAGGCCUGUUUAUGCUCAAUGUUGCGUACACAUCUGGAUACGGACGGAGCCUUCUGUCUACACGCUUACGGAUACAGAUCGAACAGAGCCGUGAGCCUGGCAGCCAUGGGGGCAGUGUUGCUGUUACUACCUGUCACGUCGAUCUAAUGAGAAGCGAAGAUAUAGACAUAACAAUGGUGGAAAUUCUCCAUUCUUCAGUCACUUUGUAUUUAACAGCCUCACCAACCACUGCUUCCUACAACCUCGCUAGGUUUUGCUCUUUUGUGCAAGAGCUACAUUAUCAAUACUUCUUUCACAGUCAUCAUGUGGGUUUCAGAGUUUGUUGGUGUCAUAAGUUUUUGACUCUGGGCUGCUCCCCCUGGUGAAUAUAUUGGUGAACAACAAUACCAAGUAAAGAAUGCAGGGGCACAUUUUUGUACAUAAAAGAAGCAUAAAUUGGCCUUCAAAGUUGCAAGUGGGAAUAAAACCAACCAAUAAUAUCACAUUGAUAUGUCUGCAGUGAUAUUUUAAAGUCAGCUAAUUCACCAUCAAUCCCUUUUUAUUGUUAUCUGAGUUGGUAUACUGAACUGAGCCAAGCAUCCUCUAUUGCAGAGGUGGGCAGUUAAAUUUCCUAAAGGGCCACAUUAUAAACUGUGACAGUAGUGAGGGGCCAUCAUGCCAAAAGGAAGGCGGCGAUGACUAAGAAACAUGACGGGACAAAAAAAAUCUUACGUAACAAAGAAUGAACCAUUCAAUGGAAGCAAAGAUAUUAAGUGCAAAUAUGGCAUGAAACCUAUAAAAAUAUUGCAUUUAUUAGGCAAUUAUGCAAUUUAAGUUGAAUAUAAAUAAUGAAACUAGAGCAAAAAUAUCUAUGAAAUAUUAAAAGGAAAUUAGAAUAUAUAUUUUCAAUUUUCUUUUCAUGUAUUUUGAGGAACAAAAAAUACUCACUAAAAUGGCAGAUGAAAAGAAAUUUAAGUCCUGAACAUGUUAUAAUCAUUCUUGAAAUAGUAAUGCUAAGAAAGAAACAAGACAAAAAAAUAGUCCAAAAAAUGACUACUUAUCAGUUGUAUAGUUUUAGUCCGACCUCACGAGGGCCGCAAAAACACAGGAAAAGGGCCGCAUAUGGCCCCCGGGCCGCACUUUGCCCAGGUCUGCUCUAUUGGAAUCGUCCUAUGUUUCUGUAGUGUCUUGUCAGUGCCAACCACGGACUCUGUGCCAAACACAAGGAAAAGAGAAGACAUAUAACCGAUUAGAAUCCCCUGGUCUGUAAUAGGAUAAUCUAUCUGAAUGAAAGCUGACUACCUGUUGGUAACUGGGCUCAAAUCAACUGCCAUGGAAUCUCUGUGUUCAUUUUUUUAAUCUGACACUUAAAAAGUUCUUCUCAGGUUGCUUGCUAAGAACUGUUCACUUCUG